CAUAACGCCCUCCUCUUUAUUUACCAAAACCAGCUGUGCCACUCUUGCCCCAGUAUCGGCACAAUCGGCGUGCCACAACCAGGAAACACAAGAAAAAUGGACAUGUUCAACAUUGGCACUUAAUCUUUUAAAGCCAACCUUCGUUGAAAUUAUGGAGCGUAUGGAGAGUGUGGAGGCUGAUGGCAUUAGCAAUGCCACUCCCACGGAGGAGAUGAACGGGGCAGGGAACCUAAUGGACUUCCUGGAUGAGCCCUUCCCUGAUGUGGGCACCUACGAGGACUUCCACACCAUAGACUGGCUCAGGGAGAAGUCCCGGGACACCGACCGACACCGCAAGAUCACCCACAAGAGCAAGGAGUCCAUCUGGGAGUUCAUCAAGAGCCUGCUGGACGCCUGGUCAGGAUGGGUGGUCAUGCUGCUCAUUGGCCUACUCUCAGGCACUCUGGCUGGCGUGAUAGACCUGGCGGUGGACUGGAUGACGGACCUGAAGGAGGGCGUGUGUCUGUCUGCAUUCUGGUACAGCCAUGAGCAAUGCUGCUGGACCUCCAACGAGACCACCUUCGACGACCGAGAUAAGUGCCCCCAGUGGCAGAAAUGGGCAGAGCUCAUGACUGGAUCCACAGAGGGGGGCGGGGCAUAUGUGCUGAACUACUUCCUGUAUGUGACGUGGGCACUCUUCUUCUCCUUCCUGGCCGUGUCUCUGGUGCGCGUGUUCGCCCCCUACGCCUGUGGUUCAGGAAUCCCAGAGAUCAAGACGAUCCUUAGUGGCUUCAUCAUCCGAGGCUACCUGGGCAAGUGGACUUUGCUGAUCAAGACGGUGACGCUGGUGCUGGCUGUGUCAUCAGGGCUGAGUCUGGGCAAGGAGGGGCCGCUCGUACACGUGGCCUGUUGCUGUGGCAACCUGUUCUGCAGCCUCUUCUCCAAGUACAGCAAGAACGAGGGCAAACGCAGAGAGGUGUUAUCUGCUGCGGCGGCCGCAGGUGUGUCUGUGGCCUUUGGAGCUCCAAUAGGAGGAGUGCUCUUCAGCCUGGAGGAGGUGAGUUACUACUUCCCCCUGAAGACCCUGUGGCGCUCCUUCUUCGCCGCCUUGGUUGCCGCCUUCACGCUGCGCUCCAUCAACCCCUUUGGCAACAACCGCCUGGUGCUCUUCUACGUAGAGUACCACACACCCUGGUACAUGGCAGAGCUGGUUCCCUUCAUCCUGCUGGGUGUGUUCGGCGGCCUGUGGGGCACCCUCUUCAUCCGUGCCAACAUCGCCUGGUGCCGGCGCCGCAAGACCACACGGCUGGGCAAGUACCCGGUGCUGGAGGUGAUCGCGGUGACGGGCAUCACGGCUGUGCUGGCGUUCCCCAACCCUUACACUCGCCGCAGCACCAGCCAGCUCAUCUCCGAGCUCUUCAACGACUGCGGCGCGCUGGAGUCCUCGCAGCUGUGCGACUACUACAACAGCCCCAACAUGACGCGGCCCGUGGACGACAUCCCUGACCGGCCGGCGGGACCCGGCGUCUACACGGCCCUCUGGCAGCUGGCCCUGGCUCUCAUCUUCAAGAUCGUCAUCACCAUCUUCACCUUUGGCAUGAAGAUCCCGUCGGGGUUGUUCAUCCCCAGCAUGGCAGUGGGGGCCAUCGCGGGCCGUAUCGUGGGCAUCGCCGUGGAGCAGAUGGCAUACCACCACCACGACUGGAUCAUCUUCAAGAACUGGUGCCGCCCCGGAGCUGACUGCGUUACGCCAGGACUCUACGCUAUGGUCGGGGCAGCGGCCUGUCUGGGUGGCGUGACGCGUAUGACGGUGUCCCUGGUGGUCAUCAUGUUUGAGCUGACUGGUGGCCUGGAGUACAUCGUCCCUCUAAUGGCUGCCGCGGUGACCAGCAAGUGGGUGGCGGACGCCUUUAACAAGGAGGGAAUCUACGAGGCCCACAUCCGCCUCAACGGAUACCCCUACUUGGACCAGGACGAGUUCACACACCGCACGCUGGCAACGGAUGUGAUGCGUCCGCGGCGUAACGAUCCUCCGCUGGCCGUGCUGACGCAGGACUCCACCACCGUGGAGGACGUGGAGGCGCUCAUCAAGGACACCGACUACAACGGCUUCCCCGUGGUCAUGUCCCGCGACUCGGAGAGGCUCAUCGGCUUUGUGCAGCGGCGGGACCUGACGCUCGCCAUCAAGACGGCUCGUGGGAAGCAGGACGGGGUGGUGAGUAACUCCAUGGUGUACUUCACGGAGGACGCCCCCCAGCUGCCCGCCAGCUGCCCUCAGCCCCUCAAGCUGCGGCGCAUCCUCAACCUCAGCCCCUUCACCGUCACCGACCACACGCCCAUGGAGACCGUGGUGGACAUCUUCAGGAAGCUGGGCCUCAGGCAGUGCCUCGUCACACGCAGCGGGCGUUUGCUGGGAAUCAUCACCAAGAAGGACGUGCUGAGACACAUGGCGCAGAUGACCAAUCAGGAUCCGGAAUCCAUCAUGUUCAACUAGCGCUCCCAGCCAAACAGGAUCCAGAAGUCGACGUGUCACAUUCAACCGGCACUCAGCCCAGCCAAUCAGCAUCCGGAAGGUUUUUCUUUUCUUUUCUGUCUUUGAAGUUCAACUGAUGCCCAACGUCAGGCCAGAGCCGAGUGAUCAAAUCUCAUCGCCGCCAUGAACGUUUUGUGAACUUUUUUUUUGUCCGUUGUAUAUAUAUAGUGCAUUACUACUGUUACCGUAUUAACCAAGUUCUCACUCCAAAUCAUACUGUAUGUACCAUGUGCAUUUGCAGAAACCUGCUGUAGGUAAGAGAUAAAAAAAAAAACACAAAAAAGGAAAAGGGGGGAAAGAAGGAAAUUCAACACAAGGUGGGCCAAUGUUUUGUAAUAUCAUUUUUAUGAUAUUUUAUGUAAUUGUUAUUUGUAUUAAUGCUGCCAUAUUUAUGUUUUUAAUAAGGGAAAAUCAUGUUUGUGUUGCAAUUAUGGCAUUGCAGAUGUUGAACAAAAAAUCAUCUCUUCAAAGAGAUGGUCAUGGAUGCUAUUGUUUGGGAAAAGGCAAAGUUCACAAAUUCUUCAGACUACCUGUUUUUGUUAUUUCAUGAGAAAGUCUGUGACUGACGUGAAGGAAAAACUGAAUGUAAACCAAUGAAAGGUGCAAGGGAAAAAAACUCUAAUGUGUACAGGUACUUAUUAUGUAGCUAAUUAUUUAACACAGUUCAUCGUUUGGGGGGGGCUGUAGAUUAUUGAAUGGUACGCAGUAUUAGUUUUCAUAAGCUGGAAAAUCAUGGCCAGCAAACCCAAUUGCUGCUGUUUUUAGAAACACUCAAUGAGUUAUAUUUGUGAUGUGUCCAAGUAUGUGUUCCAGAGGUGGACAAAACAGACUUGGAAAAAGUAAAAUCCCUGCCAUGCCUUAGCACUGAACACACAGUACAACGAUCUCACUAAUUUGACUAAUUAUUCAUCUGGCUGGAAAGUUGAGGUGAUAAGGAUCAAUAUGGAGAGUUUUCAUCCAUUUCAUCAACUAUGAUCAAUCAAGUAAAUCUGUCUGUCUGGUGUUCAGUAAAUUGGUUGUACUGUAACAAAAUAAGUGGCAUGACUUUCGCUACCUGGGAUGUUCACCUCUGAACAGUCUGCCCCCCAUUGCCAUUGUUGCUUAUGUUGAUGUGUUUAAUGUUCAUUUGAGCCACAAUGAAGCAUGUAUACAACAGCUAGGCCCUAUGCUGCAGAUGGCAUAUGAAUUCUAAGUUAUUUUCAAACGUGCUUUCUGUUGCAACCUGACCUCACAUAAUUCUGUGAGUUUGUGUUGCUCUGUUUGUUAUGCCGCUGUACACUGAGCAGUUUGUUGACGCACUGUGCAGUGGGCAUUACUGCGAUGUUCAAUUGUCUACACUGGUUAAAACACUGGAGUGUAAUUUAUGUGCAGUAGCACUGUAAGAUCGGAUCUUUAUGUUAUUUAUGAGUUGCAAUUGUUUGACAUUAUGAGCACUGUUAUAAUUGGAAUAGCAGUUGACACUUCAUCAAUGUUUGCCUAAAUGCGUAGGUAUCUGGUCUUGGGUUCAGACAAAAUAAAUGAUAAAAAAAAACAUGAUGCACAAUUCAUCGAAAUGAUUCGGAAAUCGCGUUUUUGGCCACUGCGAUUUAAAAUUGUGGCCGUUGUUGAAGCCAGAGCAUGUGGACAGGUUGGUAUUUCUGGCCAAAAAUCUGUAGGUCCGUUUAAGCUUCGUGCUGUUGCCUUUUACAUAAUUAUUCAACUUCAGUUUUAUUUUGCUCAUCCCUUAUAUGGUAAAUUCUUGGUUUAUAUUUCAUUUUUUGAUUUGAAUUAACUUUCUGAACAAAAUGCAAUUGAUUGUUUUUUAAAAACAGUGAUUUCCGGUUAUAAUUCCAAUUAAAAUUUUCAUGAAUGAUGAAUGAUUAUAUUUUUUUCCAUAAUUGUGCAGCCCUAUUCUGAAUCCUAGGACCGAUACCUGUAGCCUACUUAAGUGUCACUCCGUUUCACUGAAAAUGUGAAAUUUUUGUCUGCACAAUAUGAAGGAAUAACGUUGGGGGAAACAUAUCGAAAAAGGUUCCAUACCAAUGACUUUGUAAACUAUAAUAUAUUGACAAUGUGGUUCAAACACUCCUCCUUGCAUAUAGAGUAUGCUGUUAUGUCUUCUGCCCUUAUGUCAAUUUUCUACCCUAAUAUGACAUUAAAAACCACAAAUGAGGUGUGA